GCCCUCUGGGUUAUUCUGCGCAUGCGCAACAAUCCGAAUCAUUUCCGGGCGAAGUGACUGCUAAGGAUGUUGGGGUAUAUCUGGCAAUGUUUCUAUUCCUCCUGUCUGCGCUUCUGGCUGAAAUGCUUCCUCCGGAUUCUCACUGGAAGAUGCGAGUUACAGCGCAUUUGUGCCCGAUGCAAAGCCGGAGCUCUGAGGACAUCACAGAUAGAGUAUUCUCUGAAGUCCUCCAAAAGCAAGGUAUUGCGAGCAGCUUUGUCUUUGAAGGAGAAUGAAUUGGAGGACCAUCUGGCUCAAAUAAUCCGGGAAAAGAGAAUCAAGGAGCAGAAAAAUCCUAAGUUUAAGGUGAAUCUUCGUCAAUGCUUGUUGCAAAUCAACGGAUAUAACAAUCUGUUUGAGGCGGUUGAGGAACUAAGAAAAGAGGUGUUCGACUCUGAAGCCGAGGAACAUGAGAACAUGCUUCUGAAGUUGUGGGAGCUGUUGAUGCCGUCAGAGAAGCUGGAAUCGAGGAUCACGAAGCAGUGGGGAGACAUCGGCUUUCAGGGCGAUGACCCGAAGACUGACUUCAGAGGGAUGGGGAUGCUGGGACUCACAAACCUUCUUUUUUUCAGUGAGAAAUACACCGACGCGGCCCGACAGGUCCUGUCACAUGCGAAUCACCCCACACUAGGGUACUCGUAUGCCAUAGUGGGCAUCAAUCUGACUGAGAUGGCGUACAGCUUGAUGAAGAGUGACGCUCUGAAGCUUCAUUUCUAUAACACAGUCUCUGGAAAACCACAAAUGCAGGACUUCCAUCAGUUCUACUGUUACCUGGCGUACGAGUUCGAUAAGUUCUGGUUGGAAGAGGAGCCGGAGAGCAUCAUGGAGUUCAAUCGCUACAGAGAGAAGUUUCACGACAAGGUCAAAGGGCAACUUCAGGUGCCGGAGGUCACGCUCAUCAUGAGCGGGGACCCGGAAAAGUGACUUCAGCAUUCCAGCAUCAUUUCAAAGACAAUGGGAAACCGCAACAGUUGAUUUUGUUUUCUUUUUCCAUUGACUUCAUGAUAGUUUUUAGUUGAGAAAUGUACAACGUGCAUGAAACGUUAUUUGAAUAUAAAUAAUUAAGCAACAACUGUGUAAAGUGUACAUCAAGGGUACAUAGCUGGUUGUUUAGCUACACUUACCCGGUCAGGGAAAAGACUUACACUGUCAAGUAUUACUAAUAAUACUUUAGAAGUGAUAUUAUAAACUUCCCCGUCACACUUGAACGUUUUGGUCGUGCACACAUGACUCCUGCUUCUUAAUGUUUACCCAUCUCAGGAAGUUGACGUUUCUGUUCAUUAGAUGUUAGGAAGUUGUUUCCGUUCUGUAUGCAGAUGAUUCAACCUCUUUGCUUGUCGAAAUGCGUUUAAGUUGUAUUAAACCCUCACCCGUCGUUAUCCUCUGCACAAUUCUUCGAUGUGGCCUAUAAACACGUAUUUAAUGUCUAAUCUGUUCUGUGAAUAUUAUUAUUCAGACCUCAACUCAAUUCCAAAGUACAGCAUUUUUAUGCACAAAUGUCAAUGUAACACUGUGUUGUUUUAUUUAUAAACGGUGUUUGGUUUUGAAGAUGUGACUUUUUAUUCCUUAUUACCCAAUUAAUUUUAUAGUGUUGGAUUCAUACCUGAUGUUGAAGAAUAAAAUUAGUGAUUGAACAUUA